UUACCUCGAGUAGCCAUGGAGAAUAGCAGUUUAGAAGAUGGUCUGGAUUGUCCAUUGGAAGAAGAUGAUAUUGGAGAAGAGGAGGAAUACGAUGCGCUAAACGAUGAAACUUUUGGGUCUGAAGCCACGAUUGGCGAUUGGGAGAAAGAUCAUGAAAAACUUGCAAAGAUUACAGAAUCCAGUCGUCCGCAGCACCAAAGUGCUGGAGGGAAAAAAAAUGGAGUCCAUACCGAUAUAGAAGAUAAUUUAUCUCAUUUGGUGUUAGAUGAAAAAGAGGGUAUCGUCCCCAGACCUGGGGUAUGGGAUAGUCCUAAUUUAUCUGUUCCUAAACCUCGCCCACCUUUAACCUUACCGUCGGCUUUAACGAACGUGUGCACCGUCGAAGAAUUGGAGAAAGGUCUAAUCGCGAAUAGACCUCCCCCAGGAUUAAAUAAGCUCCCUCAGACGCAGCAACAGAAGCCCGAUGGAUCGCUUUUGUUCAAUUCCCUAUCCGGUCCACCGCGUUUCCCACCGGGGUUGGGUAUACCACCCCCGCAUCCCGUUGUUUUACCACCAAACAUGAGGUUUCCGCACCCUCCGUUCGUGCAGCAUCCUAGACUACUGCCCAAUCAACCCGGAAAUGUACUGAGAUAUCCUGUAGCACCACAUUUAAUGCUGCCGCAUCCUGCGCAAAGACAGCCAAUUCAUGGUUCUUUUUGUAACAGUUUCCCACAACCUCCACAUUCAAAUUUAGGUCAUCCUCCAUUUUUACGGCCCGAUCAUGGCAUGAUGCCUCCUUUUCCUACCAACCAAACUAAUCAUCAACAACAACAACAACAACAACAUUCUUUUCCGCAUCCUGGAAAUCAAAGAAAUCAAAAUUGGCCCUUUCAUCAUGUGGAACAGCAAGGAAAUCAUCAAACCUUUUUUAAAAACAACCAACACCAUCGUAAUUACGACCGAAAUAAUCAGCGACAAUAUCAUUAUCAUCAUCAGUAUCAAGGAGUAAAUGGAGUAAGCAGUUCUGGCGAAUACGAUGAAUAUGCUGAUCUUAUGACUAAUCGAGAGAAGCAGUGGUUAAUUAACAUUCAACUGCUACAAUUGAACACAAACGAGCCAUAUGUUGAUGAUUAUUACUAUACCGUAUUCUGCGAUAAAAGAAAUAAACAGAGCACAAAUCAGGAUCAGAAGGAUAAAAAACACAACAAUAACAACAACAAUGGCUACCAUAGAGAUAAUAGAGAUCGGGAUCAGCAAUCUCAUCAUGUACUUCCGAGGCCAGUAGUAUACACGCCAAUGCAGUUUGAAAACUCGUUAGGUAAACUACAGUUCGCCAGCGUAAUUGCACCGCGUAAAGUAAUCGACAUGGAUGUAGUACCAAACAGUGAUCCUCAGCAAACAACGCAAAUGCAACAGAAAGAUACAAAAAGAACGAGACAGUUGUUGCUUGAAAUUGAAAGGUUAUACGUGAUACAAUUGAAGCUUGAAGAUUUACACAAUCCUUUAGCUCUGCUGAGUGAACAACAAAAUCAAGAAGGAGAAAAUGAAACAAACGUUGUUAAAAAGACUAGCCCGGAAUUAAUAAAUGCAAUGUUGAUGGCUCUCCUUCAGUUAAUACGAGACGAUAAAUUAGCAAGUAUGCUAAGUAUUCGGAAAGGAAAGACGCUGUUGUUGAGGUUCUUGCCAUUCGUGAACGUAACGGACCAUCGUAAUCAAUUAGAAGAGCUGUGGAAGGCUAUAUUUCGAGGAUUAGCCGUAAUAGGUCGUAGAGAUUCUCAUCUGUUAAUAUCCCUACAUUCGGAAUUUCAACGUUGGUUCAACGACGUACAAGAUUUCGGGACGAUACUUCGUCUAGCUCGCUCGCUAUCAGACUCUGUUAGUCAGCCUAUCAAGAUCAAUAGUUUGGCUUUUGCUCUUACGAACGAGUUUGGUGUAUCCGUAAUUGCCUCGAUGCUUGAACAAGCAGAAAACUUAUACCCUACGGAUGAUUCCUUAUCUUCGGAAUGGUCCUCCUUCAUAGCAAACAUCAUCAAAACAAUUGGUGAAACUCCGCCAUGCGUUGCACCUUGCAAGCACUUAAAUCGAUUAUCUCAUUUAAAAAGCGGAAGGUACACGACUUUGGAACUUCUACUAACCAAUGCUAAUCCUUCCGAAAAGUCGAUGAUCGACAUCAUUUUAUAAAAACUUGCUUUUCGUUACGACAGAGGAAAGAGAAAUUAUGCUGCAGAAGAAUUGCAGUAGAUACUUCGAUACUGCUACAUUAUUGUCGUUAUUAAUUUUUCCAUACGACGAUUAUAUUUUAUCGUAAUCGAUAUCAUUAUUUUACAGAGUAGACCUUUUAUGUGUAUCCUGAACGCAGCGGCACAACAGUCGAGAUUCGAUUUAUAUCGAAAAUAACGUGUUCAGUUCGGCGUCUUGUUCUUGUGCCACGAAUGUUUUAACUUUUUCCUUUUUUUCUUUUUUUCUAUUUUUUUCUCAGUUAUGUCUACUAUGUAAAGGUAUAAAGUCGAUUAUUUUCAACGCAUAAAGUACACGUGCUAUUCUUAUAAGUUCUUUGUUCGUAAUUUUUCUUCAUUUUUUUUUUCUUGUAAAAUAUAUUUCAAGUUAAAUUUGCACGAUAUUAAAAUGUAAGUUUAUCAGUGUCGUUUAAACACAAACGGUUUGUGCUCGUUUUUUCCGCGCGUUAUAGCAUAGCGAUUCGCGAUCUCGAGGGUAAUGUAAUUCAUUGUUUCAAGUUCGAUCUUUCUGUCGUCGAUAUCGUUCGAUAGUCGGAACAUCAUUUUUCGGUUAGACGUAAAAAUGGAUACUGUAAUUUUAUGUAAGUUUCUCUAGAUCUUUACUUUUCUCAUUCAUUCUUUUUUUCUGUUCUCUCUUUUUCUUUCUAGGUCUCGGUAAAGUAAGUUUUCUCGACUCUGUUGCGCCAAACGAUUGGUAAUAUGUACGAGCGAACCGAAGGAAAAUUAGGUAACGGCAAAUAUAGAUUUUUAACCUUGUUUACAAUUUCGAUAAAAACUGCAUAUCGUUAUUCGAGAGAUUAAUUUCAUAAGAUAACGCUUUAUCUUUGCGCAAGAAUGGUUGAUAUCUAAAAAUAGUAUAGUUUGUUCGUUUGUAUUAUUUUUUUUUUUUUACAGCCUAGUGAAAGGCAGAGAAAUCGUGUAUGCAAUAAUUAUAUAAGUUUGUAUGUCGAGAGAAAAGAAAUAUGCAGUUUUUAUAUGUAACAAUUAACAAAGUAAACUGAACGAACAUCAGCGUCAGCUGAUUUCAACUUCUUGUUUAUUGUUUGUUCGUGAAAUAUAUCCCCUUCUCGUGUGUGUUCGUUAAAACAUGAUUGUUAUCGGCUAAAAUAUUUGCGUACCUAUUUCGUGAUCGUAAUUAUUAUCCUAUCGCCAGAAAAAGAUCGCUGCGACGAAUCUAGCGGAGGCGCGGAAAGCGAUUUGAAAUAUACGACGACAUGGCCUUUAGUAUACAGUAUAAGUGGUUACUUUUUAUCGCAGUACACAUUAAUAAAUUCUUAUGUACAUUUAGCUUGUACAUAGAGCGACUCUGAUGAAUGAAUGACUUCAUAUAUUUUGUAAUUGGAUGCGAAAGAGAAUUUAUUUUUCGCUUCCGUGACAUAGCGUUACGUCAUUUUUGCAAAGAAAAGAAAAGAUUAUAAAAAAAAAAAACAGAGAUAUGAUGAAAAAGAAAAAAAAAACAA